GCAGCAGCAGCAGCAAAAGCGAGACUCCUGCGCCGCCGACUACAAGAGGGUUAAAAGUGUAGAUUGGAUUUCACCCCGGGAAAUCUAGCACACGGAGUGAACUUGAAUCUUUGGCUAUUUAAGGAGGACUGGGGUUUGUUGUGAAGUUGUGGUGAUCCAGAGCAGAGCCCCGUCCUGAUUGAUUUCAUCUUCCUUGAGUCUCAGAUGACUGUAAAAUGAAUAGAUGAAAUUAUUCCUUUUUGAGGCUUUUCUUAGGGGCUCUCCGGGCAGCGUGUACUCAAAGCGAAGUCAUGAUGUAUUCUCCAAUCUGUCUCACUCAGGAUGAAUUUCACCCGUUCAUUGAGGCACUUCUUCCACAUGUCCGUGCAAUUGCCUACACUUGGUUCAAUCUUCAGGCUCGAAAACGCAAGUACUUUAAAAAACAUGAGAAACGAAUGUCAAAGGAUGAGGAAAGAGCAGUCAAGGAUGAGCUACUCAGUGAAAAGCCUGAAAUCAAACAGAAGUGGGCAUCCAGGCUCCUGGCCAAGCUGCGCAAAGAUAUUCGUCAAGAGUUCCGGGAGGAUUUUGUGCUCACAGUUACUGGGAAGAAGCACCCAUGCUGUGUAUUGUCCAAUCCCGACCAGAAGGGCAAGAUUAGGAGAAUCGAUUGCCUGCGACAGGCUGACAAAGUCUGGCGUCUGGAUCUAGUCAUGGUGAUCCUGUUCAAAGGCAUCCCCUUGGAAAGUACGGAUGGAGAACGUCUCAUGAAAUCCCCACAUUGCACAAAUCCAGCACUUUGCGUCCAGCCACAUCACAUAACAGUAUCAGUCAAGGAGCUUGAUUUGUUUUUGGCAUACUACGUGCAGGAGCAAGAUUCUGGACAACCAGGAAGUCCAAGCCACAAUGAUCCUGCCAAGAAUCCGCCAGUGUACCUUGAGGACAGUUUUGUGAAAUCCGGAGUAUUCAACGUGUCAGAACUUGUGAGGGUGUCAAGAACACCCAUAACCCAGGGAAGUGGAGUGAACUUCCCAAUUGGAGAGCUUCCGAGCCAGCCAUAUUACCAUGAUAUGAAUUCGGGUGUAAAUCUACAGAGGUCCUUGUCCUCUCCACCAAGCAGCAAAAGACCCAAAACUAUCUCCAUAGAUGAAAACAUGGAGCCAAGCCCAACAGGAGACUUCUAUCCUUCUCCAAAUUCACCAGCUGCAGGAAGCAGGACAUGGCAUGAAAGAGAUCAAGAUAUGUCUUCUCCUACAAUGAAGAAACCUGAAAAGCCUUUGUUUAGUCCUACUUCUCCCCAGGAUUCUUCAUCAAGACUGAGCACUUUUCCCCAACAUCACCACCCAGGAAUCCCAGGAGUUGCACACAGUGUCAUCUCAACUAGAACUCCACCUCCACCUUCACCAUUGCCAUUUCCAGCACAAGCUAUUCUCCCUCCUGCCCCAUCUAGCUACUUCUCUCAUCCAACAAUCAGAUAUCCUCCCCACCUGAAUCCUCAGGAUACUCUGAAGAAUUAUGUACCUUCUUACGACCCGUCCAGCCCGCAGACUAGCCAGCCUAACAGCAGUGGUCAAGUAGUAGGGAAAGUGCCUGGCCAUUUUACUCCAGUUUUGGCACCCUCUCCCCAUCACAGUGCGGUGCGACCUGUGACCCUGACCAUGACAGAUACUAAACCCAUCACUACAUCCACUGAAGGUGAGGCAUCUUCACCUACAGCAACCACCUACACAGCCUCAGGCACAUCCCAAGCCAAUCGAUAUGUGGGACUAAGCCCAAGAGACCCAUCCUUCCUACACCAGCAACAGCUGAGAAUUUGUGACUGGACCAUGAAUCAAAACGGCAGGCAUUUAUACCCCAGUGCCAGUGAGGAUACAUUGGGAAUUACUUGGCAAAGUCCUGGUACCUGGGCUAGCUUGGUUCCUUUCCAAGUAUCAAAUAGGACACCGAUUCUGCCGACAAAUGUCCCAAAUUAUGGUUUGAACAUAAUUGGAGAGCCUUUCCUUCAAGCAGAAACAAGCAACUGAGGGAAACAAAAUAAAAGGCAAAAUUAAAAAAAAAAGAAAAAGAAAAAAAAAGAAGACAGUAUGAGAAAAGAACCUGAAGAAAGAAGAACAAAAAUAGACCAGCAAUUGCAGCUCUUACAAUCACUAAUUCCCUUAUGUCUGAAACUGAAAUGAUAUACAAAGGGUCGAUGGUAUUUCACUGAUGAGUAGAAUGCAGCUCCUCCUAAGUAGCCUUUGUUAUAUGAAGUCCGCUGGGAAAUAGAUGUUCUGUCUCCGACAAUAUAUUUUAACUGACUUUCUAGAUGCCUUAAUAUUUGCAUGAUAAGCUAGUUCUAUUGGUUUAGUAUUCUUAUUGUUUACGCAUGAGAUCACUAUUCCUGGUUAUCUCACAAAACAAAGGCUAGGCAGCAAGAGCAGAGCUGCAGGAGGACAAGGGCUGUGAGCCAGCCAUUUUCUCAACAGUCUGAUUUCUAAAUGUUUUAAAAAUAAGCUCUGUAGCCUUUAGUUAUCAGUAUGGAUUUAUUAAACUUUGGCCCUUAAUUAAGCCUUUUUCUAGUGUGUUAUGCAGUUUGAAGUUUUCAAUCAGUAUGAACACACAGGCUCUAUGGAAGAAAUGCCUCUACGCAGGUAAAAGUGUUAUCUUCUCAUGCAACAGUAAAAAAGGAAAAGGAAAAAAGUGACAUUUUCCCCACUAAAGAAACACUUACAGAGGCAAGUGCAAUUUAAAAAUCAUAUCUAAGAGGUCAUCACUAUAAGUCCUUCAGCCCUUGGACUCUAAAUUGAGGGGAUUAAAAAUAAAAAUAAAAAAUUACUUUGAACAAACUUAUUUUUCCCCUCAGUUUUUGAGGGCAUUAAAAGGCAUUAAGUCAAGACAAAUCACGUCCUUGAGAAUAAGAAAUCAAUGGAAACACAGCACUUAUGUUGGUUUAGCUGCUGCCUUCACAGAGGGGCAGGAUUUAUUUAUUUAAAGUUACUUGUUGCAUCAAGAACCCAUAGGGUUUACAUGUUUCUGUAAAAUCUACAUCAUAGAGACAAAGACAUAGGCAAAUCCAUGUCACAAGGGCAAAGCUUACCGUUUACAAACUGGUAAUACCAGGAUGGGGAUAUGUUGUAUUUAAAUAAUGCACUCUUAAUGUAAGUCUAUUUACAGGGUGCUGUAAACUUGCAUGGUGCUUUCAGAAGUUAGCCUUGUUCAACAAUUUUCACAUAUUGACAGAAAUAUAAUGUGCAUGGGCAGACAUUUUGCCUCUAUGUCUCUUUAAAAAUUUAAAAUACUCUUUCCAGUAAUCCUAAUUUGCACGAAGAUAUAAUGUCCACAUUACGUGCCUUGCCUUGAAAUCAAAAAAAUUGAAAAAAACAAAAAAACAAAAAAACUACAAAAAAAUUUGACAUCACUACACUUGUUUUGCUGCAUUUAUUAUAAUUUUAAUUCUUUACCAUUUUUAUGACAAAAUAUUUUGUACUCCAGAUGCGAAAAAUGAGUGACAUCAUGGAUUUUUUAGACAGUUAUACCUUUAUCUCACAUUUAUAAAGCAUAUCAUGGCUGUGUAUAGUUGCCGCUUAAGAAUUGUAAUCGACCAGCAAUAUUUUCAGUAUUUUGGUGUUUUUUCUAUUAACCUUUCAUGUUUUUCAUCUUCCAAUUAAUAUUGGGGGGAGGGGAUACAAAUUUAUACGAAUUAUGCAAUACCAAGUUUUGCCUAUGUAGGUAGUGCUUUUAGCUGUAUUGGUUAUUAUAGGUAAGUACACAGAUUUAAAAAAAAAAAAAAAUAAUGUAUGCUUUUUUUGUUUGUUUUAAUUGACCAAAGUGGGUACUGCUAUUUUUGCAGUGUGAUGAGGUCCUUUUCUGUACUGAGAGGUGGACAGGGGAUUUUUUUUUUAUACAUACAUAUAUAUAUAUUCUGGGGUGGGGGGGAGGAUUUUUAACACUUUACAGUGUAGCUGUGAAGCAGUGCACCCUUAGCCAGGCGAGGGCUGCAAAGCAACUGUUCUGCCUACUGUGACAAACUUUCAAAUCGGUUCCCUCUUUUUAACUUCCCACCUGGGGUGCAAGCUGAAAUCAUUUCUGGAUUUAAAAAAUAAAUAAUGAAUUCUGUUGGAGGCAGACUUGACUUGAGGAAAUUGUUUUCCUUCAAGGGUUUUUUUCACAAGAAAGAGAGACAGACAGAGAAAGAGGUCAAGACCCACAGUGAAAUUAAGCCUUCUCCAUUUUGGCAAAGAUAGUGCAUCCUGAAGUGUUCAUGUUAGAAAAUGUUUUUAGCUCAGAAUGACAGAGACAUUUACUUUUGUCUAGGAAAUGCAAGUACAGGGCCAAAAUCUUUGCUGGCAUAAUUCCACUGUCUCCAGUGGACUCUGGAGCUGCUCAAGCAGAGAAUUUUCCCCCCUUAUCCUGCUUGACUUUUUUCCUGUAUAUAAUUUUUUUUAUGUUCCACUCCCCUCUCGUCCCACCAAGGUUUUUAAUUCAGCAUUUGAAUUACAAUUUUCAGCCUGCUUGGGCUAUGUCAGAAGUUUUCAGUCUUCUCAUAGAGCAGAUCAGAUGGAGACCUCUGAGGUGUAGUGGAGAACGAGUUUCAUUACACAAGGAAUUAGGUAGUGGAGGAAGUAAAAAUGAUAAAAGUGUGUUUCCAGUAAAGUACCAUUUUGCAGACCAGUUGCUGGUGACCUCUUACACACAAAAGAUAUUUGCAAUGUAUGGCUCAACACAGGAUGAAGUCUUCUUUAAAGCACAGUCCUCUAUUAGGGUGAAAGCAGAGGAGCAUAUAGUAAUGUGGAUGAGGAAAAUUAAUCUCUUUGCAGUUGUCUCUGCAGUUAGGAGGUUUUCCUACCCUGGAGCAGUCCCAGAGGAUCAGCUCCAGCAGCAGCCACCCCAAUGAGCACUGGUCAGGGGAUACCACUAUCAGUCCCUUCUGGCUCUGGCUGUGGUUAAGAGCAGAACCGGCAGCACAUCCUCAUGUCUCCAGGAGAGAGGGUGCAGGCAGGGCUUGAAUGGCUACAGAGAUGGGAGUUGUAGGAAAAUAAACCUUUGAGAUUUAACUAAACUAAAAAACCAAACCAACCAAAAAAAACAAAACAAACAAAAAACCACAAAACCCCACAGAUGCAAAAAGAGACGCAAAAAGAAAUGUGGUGUUUUUGGUUUUUUCUCAGAGCCCUGCAGUAAGUCAAUUUGUUUGCUAAGUACAUGGCAAAGUCUGCUAGACCCAAGCACAGUGUGCCUCAGGCUCUGGCCUGGUAAGACAAAGUAUGUGUUGUCCUUUACACGUCAUGAUACCAAGCAGUUUCGGAGCAGAGCUGUGCUGGGGGCAUAUCCUUGAUUAGUUCCAUGAACAAGGUGUUCCUUGUAAGCUUUUCAUAGCACAUUGGGACAAAACUGGAAAAAGUUCAGGAUUCAACAUGAAAUAUCCAGAAUGGUGAUUGCCCUUUGUAGGAAGAUAGAUGCCCCUUAACAGAGUGUUUUGGGUUUUUUUUUUAAUCUCUGGCUUUCUGUAUGAAAACAAACAAAAAAAAAGGCUUAGCUUAAAGACACAAUGUUUUAGAGAAGUAAACUCCUUCUUCAAACUAGGUUAUUCAGCAACUGUGGGUUCUUUGUCACCUGCCUCUCUAAUAGAAAAGCCUGCUUGGAAGAUAAUGAACUUUUCAUUUAUUGUAUGUUUGGUUUUAGGUUGGCUUUGUGGGUUGUUGUUUUUUUUUUUUGAACUCAGCAGUCAAAAGAUUAAGAUAAGAUUGAGAACUCAAAUCCAGUCUCUGGCCUCCUCCUUCACCAGGAAGUGUAUUCUGACUAAAUUGAGCCACCCCGUUCUAUGUGCACUGUUCUGCCUUUAUUAAGUUGCUUUGCAGCCCUGGCCUCAUGGCUGUGCCACUGAAGUGUGUUUCCCCUGGAGUGACAUGAACGCUUGAGGCUUGACUAAGGAAAAAAAAGAAGGCAGUGAAGGAGACUGUACAUAAAGACAUGGCAAAAAUAUUAAUUAUAGCAAUAUAGUUGUGGGGUGAUGUUCAGGUGGGCAGCUCCAUUAAAAAUAUGUGAAUGAGUUUGUGAAGCUGCAAGUAGCAAGAAGAAAGGAUGAUCUUCUGAAUAAACCGCCUACCUUGUAGACAGUAAUUUGUACACUGUAUAGUUUUGUUAAGAUUUUUUUUUUUUUUAAUUAAAAUACCCUUGUUUGUAAAGCUAACUUUUUAACAAUUAUAAUGGAAAUACAUUUCCAUUUUUAAACAAGAAUAUUCUUUGUUUAGAAACUGGACUUGGGUUAAAACUCUCCAGUUUCUUAAUUUAUGUAUUAAAAAAAGAAACUGUCCAUGCUAGGAGUUAUUUCGCAGAUUCCUGUGCUUGAAAAGCAUAGGUUACUAAUCCUUUAAAAAUGUAAAUGGAGAAAAGUUAUAUUUUAUGAAGGUUAUUUUGUUGUAUUUAGUAUUGGAAAAGUUGGUUUUCAGAGCAUUUCAAAAUGUUGGAAGCACCACUGUCUUUUUUAUUAGUAUAUAUGGCCUUUAGCAAAAGUUUUUGUGAUUGUUACAUGAUGGUAUUUAAGAUUAGGUUUGCAGAGCUAUUCAGGAUAGGCAGAGAGCUAAAACAGUACUUAAGUCUCACACAGCUGUGUCCUCAGGGAGCAGAAUUUUGGAUUUGCAACUUGUAGCUUCAUAAGGACUUAAUGGAAGAGAUUGCACAAAGACAUCUGUGACACCGGAGUGUGUUCUGUAUCUAAACCUAAAUUAUAUGUACUGUGUGAGAUUAUGAAGGCUGCAGAAAGAUAUCCCAUAUUCAGUGUACAGUUUUCACUUUUAAUGAAAAAAACUCUCUAAUGUUGCUGGCAGUAAGGCCCCAAGCAUGACAUCCUUUAUGGUUUACAUGAUCCUGUCAAGGUCUUUUGUUAACGUUAAC